AUAUGACCAAAGUUAAAGAUACAAAAGGAGCUUCACUUUUGGUUACAUCCCCAAGACUUUGCCAAAGGCCACGGAACUCACCAUGUGUUCGUUGGAGAAACGCGGCAACCUCUUCUUGUUAACCUUGACCGGCGAUGAUGAGCACCGCCUUAACCCCACUCUCAUCGCCUCCCUUCUCUCCGCUCUUUCCCAGGCCAAGGCCCAAUCCACUCGUGGGUCCGCCCUUAUCACCGUAGCCCAAGGCAGAUUCUUCUCCAACGGCUUAGACCUAGCGUGGGCACAAUCCGCCGGAUCCAAACAAGGAGCCCAAGAAAGGUUACUCCACAUGGUCAAAUCGUUCAGACCUGUCGUUGCGGCUCUGCUUGACCUCCCUAUGCCCACCGUUGCCGCCGUCACCGGCCACGCCUCCGCAGCCGGAUUCGUCCUCGCUUUAUCUCACGAUUACGCCGUCAUGAGGCGAGAUCGAGGGGUUCUUUACAUGGCCGAGGUGGACAUAGGGCUAACAAUUCCCGAUUAUUUCAUGGCGUUCUUUAAGGAAAAGAUCGGCGCGCCUUCUGCUCGGCGCGACUUGUUGCUGCGGGGGCUGAAGAUGAAGGGGGACGAGGCGGAGAAGAGGGGGAUCGUGGAGGCGGCGUACGAAAGCGAGGAUGAAGUGAGGGAGGCUAGCGUGCGCAUGGGGGAGGCUUUGGCGAAGAGAAAAUGGGACGGUGAGGUGUAUGCGGAGAUCAGGAAAGGGUUGUAUCCGGAGCUAUCGGCCAUACUGGGAUUGGCCACCAAAGCGUUUGCUUCUCCGAGGCUUUGAUUGAAAAAUAAGCAGAGCCAUUGUUACUAUUUUGAAUAAUAGUGUUGUUUUUACUUCUUGAACUUGCAACCAUACUAUGUCAUCAUUUUAAUGCCAGGGAAAUAAUACUUCCUAAUAUGGAAAUUUGUGCA